AUGACUGGUCCAACUAUCAAAGAUGUGGAUUCUACCACCCGUGAACUAUCUCAACUCAUCAAAAAUCUUACCGAUCUACACACUCGUGAUGCAGCAGAUCGUAUGGCAGCUGCUCAACGUCAAGAUACCUUACUUGCUUCCUUGGUUAAAAUUUCUGAGGAAAACCAAGCUAAGUUUGACACACUUAUUCAAGUUAUAUCUAAAACACCACCAGAUCCACCUGAACCUCAUUCUGAAGAAGGUUCCAACAACAACCAUCGAAAGAAUAAUUUCAACACCUUCUCUAAAAUUCCUAAACUAGACUUCCCUAGAUUUACUGAAGCUGUUUGUAAUCGUUUUGAGGAUCUAGCAAAUGAUAAUUAUGUGGGUUGUUUCAACAAGUUAUCUCAGCUUACAUCUGUUGAAGAAUAUUUUGAGCAAUUUAAGCAGUUAAAAGCAUUAAUGUUGAGUAAAAAUCCUCACCUUACUGAAGACUACUUUGUGUUGAGCUUUAUUAGUGGGUUAAAGGACGUUUUGAAGAGCUCUGUGCAGAUGCAAAAACCUACCACCCUUGCUCAAGCAUUUUAUUUGGCUAGACUACAAGAGCUAGCUCUCUCAUCACAGUCCUCAACCUCAAAAACCAUUCCAUAUAAACCAACACCCACCACUUUCACUUACACUAAAUUUACACCAGCAAGAACACCUAUUGUUCCUUCCACAAUGAGUGCUUCUCCAUCUACACCUAUCUCUCAAAAUUCUACACCACCACCUAAAACCCCUUAUGUACCACCCAUUAGAAGACUCACUUAUGAGAAAAUGAGUAAAAGAAGAGCACAAGGCCUUUGUUUCAAUUGUGAUGAAAAAUACCAACUAGGCCAUACAUGUAAAUCCCAACAAUUAUUUAUGAUGGUAGCUGACCAUGAAGCAGGUGAUAUGGAGCCUUCACCUCCUCAAGCUCCUAGUGAAGAUCAACUGGUUGACUCAGAUAUAGAGAUUUCUCUCCAUGCCCUUACUGGCAGUGUCAAUCCUGACACCAUUAGGAUCCCAGGAUUCAUUAAGAAAAGAGCCAUCACUGUGCUAGAAGACACAGGAAGUACUCAUAGUUUCAUUGAUUCUUCUCUAGCAACUCAAUUGGGUUGUGAAGUUCAACCAACUGCUCACAUGUUGGUCACUGUGGCCAAUGGGGCUAAGACCACAAGUACUGGAAUCUGUCCACAACUACAGUGGACAAUGCAACAACAACAAUUUGCUACAUAUUUGAGAUUACUUUCCUUGGGAGGGUGUGAUAUAGUUUUGGGUGAUGAUUGGUUGAGAACUCGUGAUGUCACUUUUAAUCUGGCCAAGCUAUCUAUUUCUUUUCUUCAUAAAGGUCAAGCAAUUACUCUGCAAGGUACUUCCAAUAAACCAACACUCAUGCUACUUAGUGGUAAUGCUAUGAAAAUUUUUAUCAAGAAAAAUACUCCAGCUCUAGUGGGCCAAUUCUUUUCUAUUACAAUGACUCCUCCACCUUCUACAAUACCCACACCAAUUCAGGAGUUGCUCAACAACUUUUCUGAUGUUUUUGAGGAACCAACACAAUUACCACCACCAAGAAUUCUAGACCAUCAAAUCAAUCUUAAACCAGAUUCCCAACAUGUCAAUCUCAGACCCUAUAAAUUCCCUUAUAUCCACAAAAAGCUAAAUUCCAUAACUAUCAAAGAUAAGUUCCCUAUACCUGUUAUUGAUGAGUUAUUGGAUGAAUUACAUGGAGCCAUAAUAUUUACUAGGCUGGAUUUAAGGGCAGGGUAUCACCAAAUCAGGGUUGAUGCACCUGAUAUACAUAAGACAACCUUUAGAACCCAUCAUGGCCACUAUGAGUUCAAGGUUAUGCCAUUUGGCCUAACAAAUGCACCUGCCACCUUUCAGGCACUUAUGAACUCUGUAUUUGGUCCAUAUUUGAGAAAAUUUGUUCUUGUGUUCUUUGAUGACAUACUAAUCUAUAGCUCCAACAUCCAAGAACAUGUUCAACAUCUCUCCUUGGUUCUUUCCUUGCUCAGGGAACACAAGUUAUUUGUCAAAUUUUCUAAAUGUUGUUUUUCUCAAGAUUCCCUAGAGUACUUAGGCCACAUUAUUACUUCAAAUGGAGUGGCUGCUGAUCUUGAGAAGAUUGCUUGUAUGAAGUCUUGGCCUAUUCCUACUACUCUUAAACAGUUAAGAGGUUUCUUGGGCCUCACAGGCUAUUAUAGGAAGUUUGUGAAAGGCUAUGGUAAUAUCAGUAAAUCUCUCACAGACUUAUUAAAGAAUAAUCCAUUCUUGUGGUCUCCCUCAGCUGAAGAUGCUUUCAACACCCUUAAAAAUACUAUGUGCACCACUCCUGUCCUCGCCCUUCCUGACUUCACAAAAACUUUUUUAGUAGAAACUGAUGCAUGUUCUAGAGGCAUUGGUGUUGUUCUCAUUCAAGAUGGUAGAGCAAUUGCCUUCAACAGCGAACCUUUAGGGACAAAGGCUUUAAGGCUAUCCACUUAUGAAAAGGAGUUACUGGCUGUGGUUAAUGAAGUGACCAAAUGGAAACACUAUCUCACUGGUCACCACUUCAUCAUCCAUACCGACCAGCAGAGCAUUAGUGCUAUGGCCUUAUCUGCUCCAGCUUGGACUCAUGAUAUUAUCAAUAGUUACACCAAUGAUGCAGUGGCCUCUACUCUUAUUCCACAGAUCUUGGUUAACCCAUCUGCAGUCUCUAACUUCACAUACUUGGAGGGCAUUCUGAUUUUCAAGGGAAGAAUUUAUGUGGGUACCAACUCUAACUUGAGGCAACACAUCUUGCACUCUAUUCAUUCAUCUGCCAUUGGUGGUCACUUCGGUAUUCAUGGUAGUUAUGUUAGAGCUAAAACAUACUUUUACUGGAAAGACUUAAAUCAAGACAACUUGAUGUUGGUCAGCCAGUGUGAGACUUGCCAACAAAAAAAAUUUGAUCAUCAACACCCUGCUGGACUUUUACAGCCACUUCCAAUACCUACUCAGGCUUGGCAGCACAUUAGCAUGGAUUUCAUUGAGGGCCUUCCUAAGUCACAGAACAAAGAUGUUAUACUGCUUCAAUUGUUUCUGACAGAGACAAGUGGCUUCCAUUGGAUUCCAUUGGCUGAAUGGUGGUACAACACCAACUAUCACACCAGCUUGAAGACGUCUCCAUUCCAAGCACUAUAUGGGUAUGUACCACCUCAUUUGGCUUUUCCUACAACAUCUAAUACAUCUGUAGCUUCUGUGGAAGAAUAUUUACAAAUAAGAGAUGUUGUUUUGGACAUUCUCAAAGAGAAUUUGCAUAAGGCACAAGAAAGAAUGAAAAGAACAUAUAGGUCUUUCCUUGUGGGUGAUAUGGUUUACCUGAAGUUGCAGCCUUAUAGACAGACUUCUAUGACCCUGCGCAAGAACUUCAAGUUAUCUGCCAGAUAUUAUGGAACUUUUACUGUGAUUCAAAAAAUUGGUGAAGUCGAUUACAAACUACAACUGUCCCCACACUCCAAGAUACACCCAGUGUUCCAUGUGUCACAGUUGAAGAAGAAAAUAGGCGCUUCUGCAACUACUGUUCCUUCACUGCCAUUGGUGGAUUUAGAGGGUGAAAUCAUACUCAAACCAAUUGCCACCUUGGACUCCCGCCAGAUUUUUUGA